UCAGGCAUGUGGGUUGUUAGUAUUUCUGUUCUCUUGCCUCGCGCGAUCUUUUGAACCCUCACGUCAUAACAGAAUUAGUGUACAACUUGUUUUAAUUAUUUAUUUAUUUUAUUAUUUUUUACAAUUGUCAAGUUAUCACUUAUAUUAUCAAUAUGCAUGUGAUGCUCAACAUGUGAUGUGAGUGAUUGCUCUCUGAAAUUCAUUGUCAAUCAAGUGCGUUUACUAGCGAACUUCAACCCCAAAGUGCCACGGGGUUGGGAUAUACAUGCCCUGAGACGGUGAUCACGCGCACGCCAUGGUUGCUAAGCAUUUUACACAGGGCUCCAGUCCGGAGUCCGGUGUUCCGGACAUGACAGUCAUCAGUGACAUCGACGAGACGGGCAUUAACCGUAACCUUCAGGUCCGGUACAGCAGGGAUCAGAUAUACACUUACACAGGGUCGAUCCUUGUUGCAGUCAAUCCUUACAAAGAAGUCGACUUUUAUACUACGGAACAUGUACACCGUUAUCAUGGUCAGAAAAUGGGUGCCUUGGAACCGCAUGUGUUUGCACUAGCGGAAGCUGCUUAUCGUUCACUUCAAGACAACGAGUGCAAUCAAUCAUGUGUAAUAUCUGGAGAAAGUGGAGCUGGAAAGACUGAAACGACAAAAUUUAUUCUUCAGUAUUUAUGCUCAGUUACCAGUAAUGUUGAUACUUGGGUAGAACAACAAAUUCUAGAGGCAAAUACUAUUUUAGAAGCCUUCGGUAAUGCUAAGACUGUCCGUAAUGACAACAGUUCUAGGUUCGGUAAAUUCAUGCAAGUUUGUUUUGACAGUAAAUGGAUGAUAAAAGGUUGUAUUAUUCAAGAUUAUUUGCUCGAGCAGUCACGUAUAACAUUCCAAAGUCCUGGUGAACGAAACUAUCACGUGUUUUAUCAACUAGUUGAAGGCGGAACACGUGACAAAGAGUUUGCAGAGCAAUACAAGUUGGAACCAGCAAGUACAUACAAGUAUUUGAAUCAGUCUGGUUGCAUUAAGAUAGAAGGUAUUUCUGAAGGAAAAAAAUUGGAUGCACUUAGGCUGGCUUUCAACGUACUCCAAGUACCAAGUGAAAUGUGUGAAGGAAUUUACAGGGUGCUAUCAGCAAUACUAUGGCUUGGGAAUCUUAACUUUUCGGAUGUAGACGGCGAGAGGUGUGAAUUGACGAAAGAGGAUCUUGACAUCGUUGGCAAAGUUGCGCCCUUGUUAGGACUCCAAGUCGAAGAUCUCACUAGAGUAGUCUUAGUAAGGCAAAUAAACGUACGAGGCAAUAUCACAGAAAUCCCACUCAAGGUACAAGAGGCUAGAGAAAAUAGGCAUGCAAUGGCCAAAGCAUUGUACUCACGUACUUUUGCUUGGCUGAUAAAUCAUAUAAACAACUGUACUAAUCCCGGUCAAGACAGUUCAAGAUUUCUUGGUGUUCUUGACAUAUUUGGUUUUGAAAAUUUCGCAGUCAACAGCUUUGAACAAUUAUGCAUCAAUUAUACUAAUGAAAAGCUUCAUAAGUUUUUUAACCACUAUGUAUUUGCUAUUGAACAAGAACUCUACCGCCAAGAAGAAAUCCAAUACUCUCAUAUUACGUUUACGGAUAAUACGUUAUGUUUAGAGCUCAUUGAAAAACCACCAAGAUGUGUACUUAAAUUACUCACAGAACAAUGCCACAUGCCAAAAGGUUCUGAUUUAGCUUAUUUAACGAAUUUACAUGCAGAAUUUGAAACGCAUCCAUGCUAUGUGAAGGGUGACGAUCGUCGUAAAUGGGAGACGGAGUUUGGAGUUAAACAUUAUGCUGGUUGCGUGACAUAUACUGUAGAGGGAUUUGUUGAUAAGAAUAGGGACGUACAGCAAGACGUAUUUUUCGAUUUUAUGUCAAGAAGUACCAACGAGUUUGUGCAGGAAAUUACCGUAUACCAAGACUUACUGGGUUGUACUGUUGCCCGAGCAUCAGGAAGUACGACUACAUUGUCACGAGGAACAACUAAAGGAAAGCCAACGCUUUGCGAUUCAUUCAGACAUCAGUUACAAGCUUUGGUAGAUGUUUUACAAGCGACUACACCCUGGUAUGCUAGAUGCAUCAAACCAAAUAUGCAGAAAACUGCAAAUCAUUAUGAUGAAAAACUUGUAUUAGAUCAACUGAGGUAUUUAGGAAUGCUGGACAUUAUUAGAAUACGUAAAGAAGGCUUUCCAGUGCAUAUGUGUUUUCAUGACUUUGCUGCGAGAUAUCGGUGUCUCGUAAAAGGUCGUACCAUGCUACCAAAGGACGAUAAAGAAGCUACUCGGUGCUUAAUACGUGCACAGGGAAUACCUGAAUCUGAAUGGCAAAUUGGUAAAACCAAAGUCUUCCUCAGAAGUUAUGUGCAUGAACCGCUUGAAGAUGCUCGGAAUAGAAUGGUGACUAAAAAUGCACUUAUUAUUCAAAAGAUCUGGCGAGGAUAUGUGGUGAAGAAAGAGUAUCGAAAAGUAAGAGAUGCAGCUCUAAAAGUCCAACAUGCUUAUCGUGGCUGGAAACUACGGAUAAUGUUUAUCAGGAAACGUCGAGCAGCGAUCGUCAUUCAAUCGCAUCUUCGAGGAGUAUUUGCUAGGGAAGUCGCAGCGGCUUUGAGAGAGAUGCGUCGCGUAGAUGAGGAGAUGAGGAAACGUGAGCGAAUGGAAGAAGAACGGAGACUAAUGGAAGAUAAAAAAGCUCUAGAAGAUAGUCACAGUGCACAGUACAAUGGUAUUGCUGGGAUGGAGGCUGGAAAAGCGCAAGAAGAAAUUGCAGCAUUAUCUCAAAUGGCUGAGCAAUUAAAUUCAAAAAUGGCAACGACUGAACUGCAGUCAGUUGAUCUAGAUAAUUUAUUCUCAUUUCUGUCGGACGUUCAAUCGACCAAGAGUAAUCAGAUAAUCGAAGAGAUUGGCGAAAGGAUGGAUGAACUUGUAGAAGAUCUAGAUGCUGAAUUAGAGAAUGUAUUACAGAUGGAGAUAGAGAUGAUUGCAAAGUCAGAUUCGAAGAUGGCAAACUUAAAUUCACCAGAUGGUAAUCAUCAACAGCGUAAUGGAUCAGCCAACACGGGAAAAAUGGGUCAACCAAGUUUGCCAGAACCAACAGAACCACCUCCACCUCCACCACCUCCUUUACCUCAUGCUACCACUAAUGGAGAUUCGACUACAGAAACUGGAGAACCAAUUUAUGAGUCUGUUCUACCAAGAGAAGAAAAUGGCUUGAGUAGUCCUAUCCUUGUUAACGGAAACUCUACACAAAUGGUUAAUGGUGACAGUUGUGGGUCACCACCGCCUAUUCCUACAAGUAAGAUCAUCAAAGAGCCGCCGGUAGCGAGUCCACCUUCUCGUCCAGAAUCAAGAAAUUCAACAAAUCACCAUCCUCUAACGAAUCAUCAUCAUUUAUCAAUGAGCCAAUCUGCCGGGCAUGAACAGCUUACUGCUGCUCUACAGAAUACACAGACUUCACAAAACCAACAACCAGUUGAACGUGAGCAGCGACGGAAGUUUAGGGUCGAAAGGAAACUUCUAGAGCUUGAAGAAAAGAAAGAACCAAUCGAACAAGAAGUCACGUACCAUGAUAUUGUUGAAUUUGCUCAAAACUACUUCAACAGUCAUGAGCGUUCUCCAGAAGGUACUAUAAUGGCUACGUUGACGAGGAAAUCUCGGGGCAAGAGUAUUGAGUUUGUACCAAAAUACGAAAUGGUCACAUACUAUAAAGGGUCUAGUAUCCCCAAUUCUCAUAUUCACAUGUAUGACCCAGAUAAUGUGAACCUUGCCUGUUCAGUGUUUAGAGACCUCUGCAAAUAUCUGCGAGGAGAAAUGAAGUUAGAGCAAGAGAUUGCAACUAUUCAAACAAUAAUUGGUCAUGGUAUUGAACGUGAAGAGCUUCGUGAUGAGAUUUUGGUUCAGUGUAUGCGCCAAGCUACCAAUAAUCCUAAUGCAGAAUGGGCAGAGCGAGUUUGGUUGUUAUUAUGUUUGGCCAUAGUUGCAUUCCAACCUAGUAAACUAUUGUAUAAAUAUUUUGUUUCAUUUUUAAAGAAAAAUCUUGCAUUGGAAGGAAAACUCCGGCAGUAUGUUCAGUGGUGCGUUGAUAAUUGUAAAAAUACCAAAGUUUCUUGUAGACAAUAUCCACCGUCAACAGUAGAAAUUGCUGCCAUGAGAAGAUUAGGAACUAUUGUCUGUAGAUUUUUCUUCUUGGAUGGUAGAACAAAAGCUAUCGAUGUCCAUCCUACCGAUACAGCUGCAGAUGCUGCUGCAAAAUUAGCUGAAAAAUUGGGUCUGCGAUCUUUAGAGGGUUGGGCAAUUUAUCAAAGUCGUCCCGAUGGUGAGGAACAUGUACGAGCACACGAUUAUUUAUACGAUGUAAUAGCUGCAUGGGAAAUGAAACAAUGUAAACUAAACACAUCUCAGUCGUCAUUUUCAACACUUAGACGUGGAAACAACCAGACUCUUGGAAGUGGUGACAAUCGUUUUGUUUUCAAACGGCGGCUCUUCCGUAACACUCGAGAAUUAUCACAGGAUCCAGUUGAAGUAAACAUGCUUUAUGCUCAGGCUGUUUACAACGUCGUCAAGUGUGAUGACUUCCCUAUUUCUGAAAAGGUUGCACUUCAGUUAGCCGGAUUGCAAGCUCAAGUAGCCUUGGGGGAUCCUAAAGAUAACGAUCGUCUGGAUUAUUACAGUGAAGUUGACAGUUUUCUACCUUACCGUAUAAGCCGCGCUCGUGGUGAUGAUGUUUGGGUGCCAAUUAUAGCUCAAGCACAUAAACAAUACGGCGCAGGACGAUCUGAACUCACUGCUAAGGUUCUUUACCUUUCGUGCGUCAUGCAAUAUCCGCUUUACGGUACAACCAUGUUCAAUGUCACUUAUCGAGGCUAUUGGUCAUAUGGAAAUCAACUAAUUCUCGGAAUCAAUUGCGAUGGUUUAAUGUUAAUAAAACCAGAAGAUAAAUUUGUUCUUGCAGAAUAUCGAUAUCAAGAUGUUGAAAGUAUUAUGCUCGAUCCUAGUGAUUCUUUUAUUACUUUAUCACUAUUGAGACACAACCCAGAUAGUUCUCAUAAAUGUUUUGUGUUCGAAACUCCUCAGAAGAAUGAAAUAGGAAGUUUGAUAGUGAGUUACUGUCCUGCUCUAGCUGGUUGGAUAACAGAAAACGAAGCUCCAGCGAAGAAAAUCAAAGGAAUCACAAAUGAAGAUCGCGUUCGGUUGUAUCAUAAUUUAGUAAAUUGUCGAAGAAAUUUAGUAGAUGCAGAAAUUCUCAGAAAGCCACAAGAUUCUGGCGGUGGAUUCAUUAGAAAUACCCUUCGGCGGUUAUCUAAGCAUCGAAUAGAGAAGUUACGACAGGAGCAUGGUAGCAGUACAGAUCCAGGAGAGACUUAUAAAGGAUUCCCACAUGUUUAUUGGGCUUUCAGUAGACAGAUGAUACCACAAAGUCUAACCAAAUUACCAGAUCCUGAAGAGCAAAUAGCUCUAAGUGUCUUCCAGUUAAUUUUAACUUACGCUGGAUUAGGACAAAAUGGAGAUACGGUUCGUAGUGUUGAAGAUGAACAUGUAAACUUAAUUCAAACAGUGAUGGAACGGUGUAUGCGUAAAGAAAACCUUUUAGGUGAAUUAUAUAUUCAAUUGAUAAAACAAACAACAGAUCACCCAGAUCCUAACAGCCGUGUCAACUUAAGACAUUGGGCUUUGUUAUCUCUUGCCUGUUCUGUCAUUCUUCCUCCUCAGAAGAUCAUCAGAAAAUACUUGAUAGCUCACUUGAAACGCUGCGCUAGUGAUUAUGUUACUGAAGAAGGCAAAUACGCAAGAUUUGCUGAAAAAUGUUUGUACAAGACACAAGGCACUAGAAGAAGACAAUGGCCUCCUAGUCGAGAAGAAAUAAUGUGUACUAUUAAUAGAAGACCUAUUUAUGCCCGCUUUCAUUUCAUGGAUGGUCAAUACCAUGCUGUGGAGUUUCAUCCUUCAGCAACUGCAAGAGAUGUCAUGGAAAUCAUUAAAGCGAAAAUUGGACUUGAAGAGUCUGCAAUGGGUUAUGCUAUUUAUGAAGUUCUUGGUGCUACUGAAAGAUCUUUAGUUCCUGAGGAAAAAAUUGCUGAUGUGAUGUCUAAAUGGGAGAAAUACAGAACAGCUAAUGCAAGUCAACAAGGACAAGUACCACGAAAACAUGGUCAUCAUCUAUUUUUAUUUAAGAAACAUCUAUUUCUUGAUCAGUAUAUGAACCUUGAUGAUCCCGUCGAGAAAGAACUUUUGUAUCAUCAAGUGUUACAUGAUCUUCGUGCUGAUCGAUUCCCUAUCACCGAAAUGGAAGCAAUAAUGCUUACCGCCUUACAAGCACAAGUAGAACUUGGCGACUGUCAGGAUUCUUUAAGUAAUCAAGAAUAUCGUACAAUUGCUAGUCACUGCCUACCAUCUCGAAUGGUACCAAGUUUUAAUAUUGAAGCUGUUAUACAACAUCACCAAUCGCUUCGGGGAAUGACACCUCCUGAAGCUAAGAAAGCUUUCCUUAAUCUCAUACAAUCUUGGCCACUUCAUAAAGCUACAAUCUUUGAUGUUAUGCAGUCAUUCACGUCCAAUUGGCCAAGGGUUUUAUGGUUAGCUGUUGAUCAACAAGGGCUUCAUCUUCUGGAACAUCGAUCAAGAAAUGGAUUAUGUACUUAUGAGUACAGUAGCAUUUUGAGCUAUAGCCCUGCGCUUAAUUGUCUUAUGAUUAUCACCGGAACGGAUAAGAAGCAGAGUAAAGUUAUCUUAACUACUUCACAGGCUUUCCAGAUAGCUAAUCUGAUAAGAGAAUAUAUGGAAGUUCUUCAAAUACCUCCAGAAAUUCCAAAACGGGAAUCAACGAUGAUCCAGCAGUUGAAUCAACCUCAGCCACCACCAAUGAAUGUAACAAAUUCAACGAGUGGACGAAAAUCUCGCCCAGCCUCGAUGCUACAUAGAGGUGCUCCCAUAAUUCAUUCUCAAGCUAGUUAAAGAUCAUUUUGAGUCUUCUAAGAUCAAUCAUUCUACUGUCCUUCAUAAGCUUCAUAAAAUGCAAGCUUUACGCGUAAAAUGUCAUAUGAAUUAAUGAUCGAAAGUGCAUUUAUUAAAUAAAAUAUAAGUACUCAAAAUUUGAGUAAAUUGUUUUUGUGAAAAAUAAAAUAUCUACAUGGCAUUUAGCGUGUUGAUGAGGAUUAUUAGAAAUAUUUUAACCAACGAGGCCUAUCUGUAAAAGACAAAUGUCAAGCGGUGAGAGUAGUAUGGAAAACUAGCUUAGUUACAUUUUUCUUCCAGUAUUUAUUGCAAGAAUAAAAAUAUUGAUAAAUAAGUUAAUAAUUAUUAAUAUAAAUAUCGUUACAUUAUAAAUAUAAUAUGAAGAUGCAGUUAUGCCAUGCGUACUUGUCAAAUAUACUGCAUCAUAAAUCGCACAAAUGCGACAUAAACUGCCAUAGGAUUUUAUUCUUCACCGUAAAAUAUGGAACCAAAGGAAACACUGUUUUUUUGUAUGCGUUAUUAUUCGAGUCAUUUUUAGAUGAUAAUAAUGAUGAUGCUCACCAUUGAGCAUUUUUCCUAUGACUAUUAUUAUAUUCUUUUUCCUAAUAUAAGUAAAUAUUUUUCAAGACUUUUGUCUCAACAAGCACCAGCAAUGACUUGUCUAUUGAAUCAUUGUACCAUAUCAACCAAACAGAAUAAACAAGAAAAAAAAUAAACAUUUCUAUCUGAUAGUAAAAGAAAAAAAUGAAAACAUUAAUUCGACAUACUUAUCUAUGAUGAUAAUUGUCACGGCAUUGCCUAGAACGCUAGAAUGAUUGUACAGCUUUUAAUCAUGUCGCUCUUAUAAGCGAUUUGCAAUGUUAUUAUUCACAAUUGGAGCUUCGAGAUGAAUAUAUUCAAUCGUUGCAAUUAUUAUAAAGUCUCUACCAUGCGAGUUAUUGUGUAAAUUUAUUUGCAUAAGCAGUCGUGACUUGUAUGACUGUUGAGAGUUAGUUUUAAUGCUGAGGAAAUUGAAAAUGAACUAUUAUAAUAUGAAAAUUUGCUAUUCGUUAUUUCUGUUUCUCUAUAGGACAAUCUUAUAAUGUUUAGCUGAUAAAAAAAAUUAUUGGCAACUGGUUUAUUUGUAAUGUAAAGCCAUUUAGGUUGUGAGUUAAGAUAAGCGUUGACUUGUCGACUGCAACGUCUUCUUGUAAGCCAGGUUGUGGAAUGCCUCGCGAUUGCGUCCAGACUCUAUUAAAUUUGAAUUAUUAAUUUCAUCAAAGAGAGUGUGUAUAUAUCGAUAAUUAAAUUAACCUUUGAUGUAUUUAUUGAUUGUAAUUGAUUGGUAAUUACAGUAAUGAUCAAAGUCUAAAGAGUUUAUACACUUCGGAGACUGGAAUGUCUAUGUUGUAAACUGCAAACAACCUAUCAUUUUUGCGAUCAAUAUUAUUAUUAUUAAUAGUUUAGUCAUGUUUGAUCGUCACAAUUUAAAAUACAUUAAAACGGUUGUAAAACUUUUUGAAAUCAUUGUUUAUUUAGAUUAUUACUGUAAUCACCAAUUGAAGAAUUUUUCUAUACAAAUAAUCAUUGACGAACAAAUUUUCUUCUUUAUUCAUGAACUGUUUAUUAUACUAACUCAUGACUUUUUAUAAAUUUUGACAAAAACUUUUGUAAUCUUUUUACUUUUCUAUUUAUACGUUUUUUUAGAUUAUGGUAAAAUGCAAAGUAUGGUCGAUUCGACGAGUGCAGAGACAGACUGUGAUCCGUUUUCGGGUGUUCUUUGAUCUUCAUGAAAGAUUUUUGAUGAGUGAGAAUAUUCAAUUGCUUGUGUAUUAAUGAAAGAAUGAAUGGAUUUAAUUAAUGAAAUAUUAUUAAAUAUAAUUAUGAAUAAGUUGACUGUGUGUUUAAAAUUGAUACAUGACAAUUGAUUCCUAUUAUACUGUUCUGUAUACAUACAGUAAAAAUAAUGGUGCGUAAUUGGUGUAUAAGUUGUUUGCGCCUCGUACGUACGUACAUACGUAGCUUAGAUUAAAUAAAUUAUUGGUUGACAAUGUUAUUGAAUUAUAUUUAAAACGAAAUAAAAUGAUCUGUAUAUAAAUGUAUACAUUAUAACAA